AUGGCACCGUACUCUACCUAUGCUGGGGGAGUGAACAGUGUACUGACUAGAUGCCAGAUAACUGUAAGGGAAGCAUUGAAUACCGCAUUAGAUGAAGAAAUGUCGGCAGACCCUUCUGUUUUCUUGAUGGGAGAAGAGGUAGGUGAGUACCAAGGUGCAUACAAGAUAUCUAAGUGUUUGCUUGACAAGUAUGGCCCUGAUAGGGUUCUUGAUACUCCAAUUACUGAGGCUGGCUUCACUGGCAUUGGUGUUGGUGCCGCCUACCAUGGUCUUCGACCUAUUGUAGAGUUCAUGACAUUUAACUUUUCGAUGCAGAAAAAGCAUUUAUUACAUAAAUUAGAAUGGCUCCUAAUGGUUGACGAUUGUAAUGCAUUUUGUUAA